UGUAAAAGAAACUUCUCUAUUUUCAGAAUAUGUCCCAGUGAAAUUAUCUCAAUGUAAAUCCAAACUUGGAAUUGGAAUUCCCAUCUUCUUCGGUUGAACCAUGGAUAUCCUCUCGAACCCAGUUCUCUUCUUGGCUUUGGCUUUGGUUUUAACCCUUUUCACAAUCCAAAUUCUAAGGAAGAACCAGGCAAAGAAGAAGUAUCCACCAGUUGCCGGAACUAUAUUUAAUCAGUUGCUCAACUUCAAAAGAUUGCAUCAUUAUAUGACUGAUCUAGCAGCCAAAUACACAACAUACAGACUCCUUAGCCCCUUUAGGCAUGAGAUCUACACUUCGGAUCCUGUCAAUGUCGAAUAUAUUCUCAAAACAAAUUUUGAGAACUAUGGCAAGGGUUCGUACAACUACAACAUUCUUAAGGAUCUUCUUGGUGAUGGAAUUUUCGCUGUAGAUGGCGAAAAGUGGCGCCAACAGAGAAAAAUUUCAAGCUAUGAGUUCUCAACAAAAGUUUUGAGGGAUUUCAGCAGUCUUAUCUUUGGGAAAAAUGCAGCAAAACUUGCCAAGAUUUUGUCUGAAGUUGCAGCAACCAACCAGACAAUUGAUAUUCAAGAUAUGUCUAUGAAAGCAAUCCUUGAUUCAAUGUUCCAAGUUGCAUUUGGAGUUGAAUUGGACAGCAUGUGUGGAUCAAGUGAAGAAGGCAAGAAAUUCAGCAUAGCUUUCGAUGAUGCAAGUGCGAUGACCCUAUUUCGCUAUGUUGACAUCUUCUGGAAGAUCAAGAAAAUUUUAAACAUUGGAGCAGAAGCUUCCAUGAAGAAAAAAAUCAAAAUCAUUAAUGAUUUUGUGUUCAAGAUAAUCCGCAAAAAAAUCGAGCUGAUGGAAAGCUCCAAGGACAAGUCUCUUAUGAAGAGAGUAGAUAUUCUAUCCAGGUUUCUUCAAGUAACUGAGAACGAUCCUAUUUACUUGAGGGAUGUAAUUCUAAACGUUAUUAUAGCUGGAAAAGACACAACCGCAACCACACUUGCCUGGUUCAUAUACUUGCUUUGCAAACAUCCUUUUGUGCAGGAAAAGGUUGUGAUUGAACUGAGGGAAGUGACUAAAGCAAAAGAGGUCACAAACUUUGUUGAGUUUGCAGAGACUUUGAGUGAAGAAGUUGUGGAAAAGAUGCAAUAUCUCCAUGCAGCAAUCACCGAGACUCUUAGAAUCUACCCUGCAGUUCCAGUGGAUGGAAAGAUUUGCUUAUCCGAUGAUAAAUUGCCAGACGGCUACUCAGUGAGGAAAGGAGAUUUGGUAGUGUACCAACCAUAUGCAAUGGGAAGGAUGAAGUGCUUGUGGGGUGAUGAUGCAGAACAGUUCAGACCAGAGAGAUGGCUGAAUGAGAAGGGAGUUUUUCAACCACAAAGCCCUUUCAAGUUCACAGCUUUUCAGGCAGGACCACGUAUUUGUCUCGGAAAGGAGUUUGCUUAUAGGCAAUUGAAAAUCUUUGCAGCCGUUCUGUUAAGCUACUUUGAAUUCAAAUUGAGUGACGAGAAAAAAAUUGCCCAUUACAGGACAAUGAUCAAUCUUCACAUCGAUGGUGGUCUCCAAGUUUGCGUACUCCACAGGAAUAGAACUUAGCUUUGGCAUCUUUUCUAACAGACCAAUAUUGAAGAUGAACCUUGUAGAGAGGCAUGUAUAAUAUUGGUUGUUCCAUUCAAUGUUUUGAGGACCCAUAUCUCUAAACAUCACACCUGAAAUGAUCCUUCGUGAUAACCGAAUAAAAAGAAUUGAUAUUUUGGUAGUAUAAA